AUGACGUUGGAGGAAGAGCGAUUAAUUAAGCAGUGGAGGGCGGGGAUGAACGUGGCGUCCAUAUUUUUGCAUAGUAAUGGGUCUGCAGGACAUUUGAGGGUGGCCAGGGCUUACGCACAACGUGGGAGUCUGCAGAAAGCUGUCCUAGCUUUAGAAAACGGCUACAGGGUGCUGACGUCACAUGAUGACGACACUAUUAGACGUCAAAUUCUCCACGAGCUGGUGGAAACAGGACAACAUGUCGAAAACCAAAUCUCUGAAGAUCUGAUAAAAAGUGUCCCAGCAUCUUUAUGGUCUCAGGUCAUCUACUUGUACAUUGACAGUAAAUUCCAAGAUUGGAGAGUUGCUGAGUUUAUUGUGAACAAGGCUUGGAAAAUUGAAACUUGUUCCGCUAGUGAUAUACAGCCCUUAAAAUUUGAUGUUGAUUUAGGCCAGUUUUGUAAAUAUGAUCAGCUAAGUACAAAAACACAAUGGGUGUGUCGUCUGUUGCUAUGGUACUUACAAUCAGGCUGUGAUCACUUACAACUCAAGUUUCACCCUGGAGACACCUACUUCCAUGCUACAGUCACAAUUGUUGUGUUAACAGCCGAGACUCUUACCAUGGAAGUCAUGAGCCUGCUUCAGCAUGUAGUGGAGAACAUUGUCCUGGUCAACAAGGAAGAAAACAUUGUAGAUGAUAAAGGCAACACUGUGUUGCACCAUUUGGCUACACUAGAUCGCCACCCGUCAGCUGAAAAUGUUUUGAUUCAUCUACUUGACAAAGGCUUUGAUAUUGAGAAGAAAAACAAUGAAAUGAAAACAGCUUUACAAAUUGCCACAGAGCCAGAUUUUUCAAAAAUUUUAUUGAGAGAAAAUGCAAAAAGGUUGAUCACCAUGAUAAAUAGUAAUUACAACUUAAACCAACAAGAAACAGAUACAAAGGACAACUCAAAAUUUAAUGAUUUAAUUAAUAUCAUUUCAUCUGCUUCUCCACAAGCCACUUUGCCAGAACUGCUCUGUUUAAAUGAUCAAGCCUAUUUAAAAUUGUUGACAUGGUUGGCCACAUCAAAAAGUUGGACAAUGGUCUUAACUUUAUUUAAAGAGAGGAUUAAAAUGGGAAAUGCUGAAAAGUUUGGAUACCUUGCUAAAGGCAUUUCUAUUUUAAACCCUAUCAAAGAAGCUAAACAAGUUUGUCCUGAAUCUAUAAAGAUUGAUCUUGUGAAACAUCUUGCUGCAGUUAAAGCAGUUUUAAUUGAACCAUCAAUGCUGCUAGCUUGCUUAGAAAAUAAAGAAUGGCAGCUAGCAAAUACUCUAUUAGAUCUGGGAGCUGAUCCUAGAAAGCUAUCACUAACAGAUGGGGACACACCAAACCAUGCAGCAUUAAACAUAGGCCUGUAUAAAACCCAAGGUGAUUUUUCUAUCUUAAAGACAUUGAGAAGAUUAUACCAAGAAAACAAAAACUUAAAUAAAGUUCUUAACCUAUCAAAAGUUGAUAAAGCAGGGAAUACAGUUUUCCAUCUAGCUAGUAAGGCACAUCGGAAUAAACAUUCACUUAGUGCAGUUAAACUCUUAUGUGAGUGGAAAGUAAAAUACAAUGUAAAAGAUGCUACUGGGAAGUUGCCAGGUUUCUAUUUGACAGAAAAAGAUAAAAGAUACACAUGUCUAAAAUCUUUACCUGAUUUUGUAGACAAUAAAGAAGCACAAGAAAAUGACAAAAUAUAUUCCAAAAUUGAGAUAUAUAGAAAAAAGGCAAUUACUGUUUUGGAAAAAAUGGAGGAUUUUAGAGGUUUUCUUACACCAAAAGGCAGUACAAAUGAAUAUUUAGAGAAUUUUCAAGAUUUAGAUAAAGAGGAAGAAAAAUAUACAAAUUGCAAUAUCAGUGAAGAAGCAACACAAGAAGAAAUGCCUCUUGAAGGUUUAUCUGCUUAUGAAGAUGCGAUGAUUGAUCCAAUACAAUUUGAUUCAAUGGAGUGGGAUGUUGAUUGCACUGAGCUAGUGUGGAAUUUAUUAAAAUCUACCUCAGAAAACCAAGAAAAGAGAAAUAGGGUUUCUUCUGAUGAAAGUACUUCCAGAAAGACACCCAGAAUUAAUCUUCCACAAGCCAUGAAAAAUUUGAUCAUGUUAAAAAUUAAAGACUUAUGUAUUGGUGACUGGGCAGCUUGUAAAAAGAUUGAUGAUGUCCCUUCCACACUGCUGUUGUAUAGCCUUCCUCUACCAAUGGAUGCUUGUAUAUUGUGGGAAUGCAUUAUUGCUUUUUCACCCAGACUUAGCCAUACAUUCACUAUGAAAAACUCAUCUUCCAAUGCUCCAACAAAUGGAAAGAUAUUCUCUCAACACAUUCUUAUCAGAGAUAUUGUUUUUGAAAGUUCUGACCUACCAGCUGCUAUUGAGAAAGUUAUUAUCUCACACCAAAAAAGUCUAGCCAGCAAAGCACAGAAAAUUCUUAAAACACAGAUCUACAAAAGUAGAAAUAAAUCUAACACAGAUACAAAGCAUCUACCGUUAACUUAUACUGAAUGUGAUUUGGCUCCAGAAAAAAUUGAUGGAAAAAAAUAUGUCAAUUUCUACCUUCCUGCAAGCUCUCAUUUAAAAGAAUACACAAUGUUAAAGUUCUACCCUUUAAACUCUUUAAUGGCAGAAGCAAUCAUGAGAAAUAGUGAUUCAGAGAUUGACCUCCCUUUUCAAGUGACUGACAUUGAACACAGCAUCAUACAUUUGGAGCAUAAUUCACCUAUUCUUUUACUUGGUCGUAGUGGAACAGGCAAGACCACAUGUUGCCUUUAUCGACUGUGGGCAAGGUAUUUAAAUGACAGAAUGCAAAGUCAACAGCUGAAGCCCAAAGUAUUGCCUGAAGAAUAUUACAUGGAAAGUUUUUUACCAUCUGGUGGAUCUGAUCAAAAUGAAUUUAUGGACGAGAAAGAGGAUGAGGAUGUUGAUGAUUAUGAGUAUCUCCAUCAAGUGUUCAUAACUAAAAGUUAUGUACUGUGUGCAGAGGUCAAAAACAAAUUCCAAAAAUUAUGUAAAUCAUCUAAAGUAGCAGAAAAAGAUGAUGAAAUACCACAUAAUUUACAGUUUCAGAAUUUAGAGGACAGAGACUACCCAUUAUUUUUUACAUCAAAGCAAUUACUUCUUAUUUUGGAUGCCUCUGUAGAUGGCCAACCAUUUUUCCCAAGAGAUGAAAAACUCACACCAAUGCCAGGCUGGGAAUUGCUUGAGGGAAAUCUGAACACUAUGCUGGCAAAAAAUGUUUUAGAUGCUACAAGGAAAACAAAUAAAGAAUCCACUCCCAAUAAUCGGAGAGCCAAAAAAAUUAAGAAAUCACUUAAAGAAUGUACUUAUGAUGUAUUUUCAACAGAAAUAUGGCCUAAAUUUGACAAAAAAAAGACAAAAAAGUUCCACCCUUCCCUCGUGUGGACUGAAAUCAUGUCCUUCAUCAAAGGUUCAUACGAGUCACUCUCCUCUGAGCAAGGAUUCUUAUCAGAACGUCAGUACCAAUCUGUUGGACAGAAGAAAGCACCUAACUUCACUGCUGAUCGCUCUGAAAUAUAUGAAAUUUUCCAGCUCUACAACUCAUAUAUAAAAAACAAUAACAUGUUUGAUGAAAUUGAUGUGGUUUCUAAUAUUUAUCACAGGUUAAAACAUAUGCAGAACGUUCCUUGGACAUUUCAUGAGAUCUAUGUAGAUGAGACCCAAGACUUUUCACAGUGUGAGCUGGCUCUGCUUGUCACUUUAUGUCAUAACCCAAAUAACAUGUUCCUUGCUGGGGAUACUGCACAGUGUAUUAUGCGGGGAAUUUCUUUCCGUUUCUGUGAUCUCAAGUCAUUGUUCUAUUUUGUCGAUCAAUCUCGACAUAGGAAGAAAAAUAAAUCUUCCCAAAUUGAGCUUGAACAUUUAACAAUCAACUACCGGUCGCAUGCAGGCAUCCUCUCUCUUGCUUCUUCAAUUCUCACUUUACUGGAGGAACUUUUUCCUGAGACUAUUGACUGCGUUGUGAAAGAUCAGGGAAUGCUUGAUGGUCCCAAGCCAGUUCUAAUAGAAACUUGUGAAGCAGCUGAGCUGGCUGAACUCUUGACAGGCAAUCAGAGAGAAACCUCACAUAUUGAAUUUGGUGCACACCAGGCAAUUAUUGUUAUGAAUGAGCAAGCCAAAAAUCUUCUUCCUGAAGAGUUAAAAAAAGGAAUUGCUGAAAAAGAAUGGAGAGUUGUCACUGGGCUCUUAUGGAUUUUUACUGAUAAAACAAGAAUGAUGCAAGCUCAAAGGGAAAAAUCUGAUAUUGUUUACCUUCACAAGGAUGCACCAAAAGGUUUGCAGUUUGAUAAAAACCAGCACCAACUUCUUGAGACAGAGCUAAAGCAGCUUUACACUGCAGUCACACGAGCUCGAGUUAAUGUCUGGAUUUUUGAUGAGUGCGCUGAGAAAAGAAAUCCAAUGUUUCAUUUUUUCAAAACUCUGAACCUUGCAACUCAUGAACUAAAGACACAAGAAUCAUUCAUAAAAGGAAUAGAAACUUCAAAUGCUAAAGAUUGGCUUAUUAGAGGAAAUCAAUUUAUGGAGAGAAAAAUAUUUUCAGAAGCUGUUAAAUGCUACAGGUUAUAUAUGCCAAUAAGCCUGGACGAAAAAAAAUUGCCAUGGCUCAUUGUAAAGCUGCUGAGGCUUCAGUAG